AUGGGAAUUCCAGGAUUUUCUAGUUGGUUAGAUGAGAAAUAUCCAUCGAUUAUUACACCAUGUACACAAGAAAAUGGAAAAGCUUCCGAUGACAAUAGAAUUCAAGUUGAUAAUCUUUAUUUGGAUAUGAAUGAAAUCAUUCAUUCAUGUUUCGACUCCGACGAUUCGUCAACAGUGAAAAACGAAGACGAAAUUAUCGAGGCAGUUUUUCGGCAUAUUGAUGAAAUAGUUUCAGUUCUUCAUCCACGUAAAUUAAUCUACAUGGCUCUUGAUGGUGUUGCAUCAAAAGCGAAAAUGCAUUGUCAACGUGUACAUCUUUUUCUUCGUGCAAAAAAUGAUCCCGACGAUAUUGGACAAUUUACUAAAUGUGAUAUAAAACCGGGUACAAAAUUUAUGGCAAAAUUAUCAAAUAAACUUCAAUCUUAUAUUUUAAAACGUAUGAACCAAGAAGAUUCAGUUUGGAAGUCCAUUAUUGUAAUAUUAUCAGAUGCCAAUGUACCUGGUGAAGGUGAACAUAAAAUUAUGGAUUUUAUACGUUCACAAAGAUAUUCAAAUCCAAAAACAAAUCAUGUUUUAUUUAGUGGCGAUUCCGAUGUGAUAUUACUUGGUUUAACUAUGCAUUCGAAUCAUAUUCGAAUAAUGCGUCGAAAAACAGAAGAAACAAAAUCAUAUACAUUUAGAGAUUUGAGAUUAUUACGUCAGGAAAUCAUAGAAGAGUUCGGAGGAAAUUUAGAAAGAGUAAUUGAUGAUUGGAUAUUCAUGUGUCUUUUAGCUGGAAAUGAUUAUCUACCAAAUUUACCAUCUAUUGGUUUUAAUCGAAAUGAACUUGAUAAUACUCUUUUCAAUACUUACAAAGAAUAUAUACGCAAACGAGGUGGUUAUUUAAUUGAAAAUAUGCAACCAGAUUUAAGGAAUUUCAAAAUUCUUUUGCAGCGUAUUGGUGAGAACGAAGAAGAGAACGUUGUGUCUCUUUUAGAGCACAGUCAAACAUCAGUACAAUAUUCAGUGGACAAAGUUAGGGAACAGGAUAAAGAUCCGCCGUUAAGAUUCGGUCCGUCACCACCUCAAAAGGCAAAGUCCUCUGCGUCAAGUAUCCAGACCGUAACUAAUUGGCAACGACAAUAUUACAAAGACAAAUUUGGUUUUACCGAAGAUCAACUAAGAACAAAAUCUAUGGAAGUUGCUCAUGAUUAUGCUAAAGGUUUACGCUGGAUACUUGAGUGUUAUUACAAUGGUAUACCAUCCUGGAAUUGGUAUUAUCCACAUUACUAUCCACCACUUCCUUCGACAUUGUCAAAUCUUGAAAGUAUACCUGACCGAUUCAGUUCAGACUCAAAGCCAUUAACACCGUUAGAAGAAAUGCUGGCUACAUUUCCAUCAAAAUAUGCACGUUAUCUUCCGGAAAAAUGGCAACCAUUGAUGCAAAAUAUAGAAUCACCAAUUAUUGAUUUUUAUCGAACAGAUCCGGCCAUUGAUACUCAUGGUAAACGUUAUGAAAAACAAUAUAUCGUUAAAUUACCAUUUAUUGAUGAAAAACGUUUAUUUGAAGCCCUUUCACUUAUUGAUUCCACAUUAUCAGAAGAGGAAAAAGAACGUAACAGAGUUGAUGAUGAUCAUCGUCUAUUUAUUCAUUCGACAAAUCCAUAUUAUCAACAGUUCAUCAAUUCAAAUGGAACAGCGUUGGAUGUAAAUACUCGUAGAGAAAUUACACGUGAUCAUGCAAACAAUAAAGAUCCCCAGGUCGAACAAUCUGGCACGGAAACGGCCGAUUCCGUGGUAUGCCUGAGAUUUCAUGGAAUCCUGCCUCAGGAACCAUCAUCCUAG